AUGAAUUAUCCGGGUGGGACGACAGAACCGAGCGCGGAGUCGCGAAUCCGCCGGGCCCAGCCGGUUGUUCGGAUGUACCAAGCUGGAUUUCAUCGGGACAACGGUUAUAGCAAGUUAUUGGUGUUUGGAAUACUUGAGCUAUUGAAGAACCCUCGGUCUUAUGCUUUUGAUGGCGAACAGGUCGCUGAGAUUGGGGCUUUGCUUCGUAUGACGUCCAAGACGGAUACGAAUAGUGUAUCGCUUCCGUUCUUGCCUCCUAGUUUUAACCUCGAUGAUCAUCUUGUGAAGACAAUUUUGGGUUGUUUGGCUCUCUCGUUAGGAGGAAAGCAAUGCGUCAACGAGCUAGCUAGGACGGAGCUGUUUAAAAUCCUUACUCUUCCAUCGCACCUCUGGGCUCACAACGAAGAAUGCUACCGCGUCAUUACCGGGAUCUUGCCGCAUAUCCAGACCGUCGAACUAAAACUGGGGUGCCUGAUUGCUAUUGGCUCUCAAUGGAUGCAUACACCUGUUACGCUCUUACUUGGAGUUCUCUUUCGUCAAGGAAUCUUUCAAACAUUUAUAGGUAUUAUGAGCUCAAAUCGUCCCGUUCUGACCCAUGGCGAUGGUACAGCUUCGAAAUGUGGUUAUCUAAACGCUCGACCAUAUUCCCAAUACGGACCCAGGAAACCCCUCGCUUAA